CUGCACAUCCGGUUAGCCUGUCGUCUCUGGUUUUACCUAGAAACGUGGUCAAUAUGCACUCCAUGAAAUGUAUUGUUUAUGAUGACUUCUUUGGUUAAAAAAUGUGGGGGGAUAUUGAACACGAGGAGGCCACGGAAGAAUUAAUUGGAGGUGGGGAACUUCAUGAGAUAGAACUUGAAGAUCUAAUAUUCUAUGAGCGAUGUGGAGGAGGAACAUUUGGAAGUGUGUAUCGUGCAUUAUGGCGCUCACAGAACAUGAUUGUUGCUGUCAAAAAUAUUCUUGUCUUGGAAAAAGAGGCUCAGGUUCUGAGUGUAUUGUCUCACAAAAACAUCAUUCGAUUCUUUGGGGCUGUAAUUCAAGAUCCUAGCUUUUGCCUUGUUACAGAAUAUGCCAGUAAUGGAUCUUUAUAUGCAUUUCUGAGGAAUCCUAAUAAUGAACUAGACUUCAAGCGCAUUGUAAAAUGGGCAGAAGAUAUUGCUAGAGGAAUUCAUUAUCUGCACUCUGAAGCCCCCGUGAAAGUCAUUCAUAGAGACCUCAAAUCAAAAAACGUUGUGAUAAGCGAGGAUUGGAUAUGCAAGCUCUGUGAUUUUGGUGCCUCACGCUUUAUUGGCAGCACUACCAAGAUGUCUUUGGCAGGAACAUUUCCAUGGAUGGCACCAGAAGUGAUACAAAGCAUGCCAGUGUCUGAAUCCUGUGAUACUUGGUCCUAUGGUGUGGUAUUAUGGGAACUGCUAACCAAAGAAGUUCCUUUCAAUGGCAUUGAAGGAAUUCAAGUGGCAUGGCUGGUUGUGGAAAAAGGGGAGCGGCUGAUGAUUCCAAGUGAAUGUCCUCCACUCUUUGCACGGUUAAUGCGGCAGUGUUGGGAGUUGGAACCAAAGAAACGACCAUCAUUGAAACAGAUUCUUCAAGUUGUGGAGCAGAUGCAAGAUGAUGAGUCUCUGCCAGGGUUGACAAAUUCCUUUUUGGAGCAUAGGAAUAUUUGGAAGAAAGAAAUCCAGGCAACCCUUGACAGACUUAAAAGAGCAGAGAUUGACAUUAGCCUUAAAGAACAAGAACUGAAAGAGAGAGAAAUGAAACUAAAAGAAAGAGAGAAAAAUUUAGAACAGCAGUUUAAAGUUGUGGAUCUCGAUGAUCAUGAUGUUAAUACCUGGAGAGAUGUGGACGUUUAUCAGUGGGUCAUACAGCUUGGAUCAUCUGGUAACACACUGGACUUAGCCCAGUAUGCUGAAGUAUUUUUAAAGAAUCACAUCAAUGGCAGACGUCUUCUUCGUCUUACUCAAAAUGACCUUCGUGCCAUGGGCAUCAGCAGUGUUGGGCACAUCAUGGACUUGUUUACGGAGAUUCAGCUUCUCAAUGCACAUAAUAUACGCCUCUUGAACUUUCCUCCUCUUGUCAAGUGUGUAAACAGGGACUCUACUUCCUCUGUGAGCAGUACAGUGGUCUCGGAACAAAAGACGGUCAGCAUCACUCUCAUUUUUGGUCACCAUCUGCGUGCUGGGCAUGCACCAGAGGACACUAAAUGGAAAAUGUACCUGGAAGUAGAUACUGACCAGAGGUCUGAUGCUAACCCAGUCACCUUUGUCAAUGACGUGGCGUUCAUCUGCAAGAACCCCGCCUACGGCACGUUCAAGCUCAACUACCCCCCGUUUAUCAUGGACAGAUGGUGUCACGGUACGGUGCCCGAUAUGACCAUCGAAUGCCUGAUCAGUUACGGGCCAUCAUCCACAAGCCCAAGUCCACGCGGUUUCUGUACGAACUGGACGGCAAGGCUGCCUCAUCCGCGCAAAACAGUGACCUUGACCCUGACGAACGUCUCUUCUGCGCAGUCUUCUGGAGACAGUGUGUCCACGGUGGUGAGCGCAACGCCACCUGCCGGUCGCUCCUCGCUCAUGCAUAGUCUCAGCACGUCAGCCCUGCAGGGGGCAUGGAGGAAAGACUUCACGCCUGUGACACUGCCGGAGACGAGUAGAAAUAAGCCAGACUUAUGGGCCAGCGUUGUGGCAGGCCGAGUUCCCUCCCUGGCUUCCACCAGCGCGUGGCCCAAGCCAGUCCCAGGAACGACUCUCACAUUACCCGCCAAUCCACAGGUACCGGCCCCCCUGAAAACUACCACCAGCCCAGUUUCUGCCCAGGUCAGUCAGACAGGUAGUACGGCUAAGCCCGGGAUGCGAAGCUCCCUUUCUGUAGAGAGCCGAGUGGAGGAUGGAGUGGAGGAGAGAAGAGGGUCCAAGGUGACGUUUUACGUGGAUGACACAUCAUCUGCCAGCUCGCCGGCCAGCAGCGAGAGCGGGUUCAGCGAACACCACGCCCACGCUGGCUCCUAUGCCGACGCCAUCAAAAAGCUGCUACCGUCAGGGGAUGCCGGGAAGGAGGGUAGAGAGGUCACGCGAUACGGCGACAACGUGGACAAGAAGACGACACCGCCGGGCGCCAUGAAUCCGUGGACUUUUAGUCGACAGCAGGACAGCCGGGGGCGAGAGGAAUGGUCAGCCAGAGGCGAUACAUCGAGCAACAGGGGCUCUGACGUCACGGAGGGCGGGCGGGGUGGCAGGUGGGAGGGCAGAAGCGACUUCCGGAAUCAGGACAGGGGCAGCAAUCGCGGUUUCCGGGGAGGCUACCGAAUUUCCACCGGCAGAGGCUGGAAGGGGACGAAGCAAGAUGGCCGCGAGGAGACGGCAGCACAAGGGCGGAGCAGGGGCAGCCGCAGCGAGCCGCUCCUGACGCACGGCAUUGUUCCUGAUUACCGCCGGACAGUCAGCGCCGUGCAGCAAGCCACGCAAUCGCGCGGCAACGACGCUGCAGACACGACCACCAAACCUACACACAAGGCGACCGGAAAGUAAUGUUCCUAUUGCUGGGGUAUUCGCUGAUGUUUUGUUUUGAUGACACUAUAUAUAGAAAACAUCUUAACGUGCGGGAAACUUGUUUUUAGGCUUGUUGCACUUAAAUUUCGUAAGACAUUAAGAUACGUAUCGCGGUCAUUUUUAUCUGCAUCUUUUGUUGUAUACCGGUUAACUUGCAGGCAGUACCAAGCACCUUUACACUUACACACGUAUCUGUGCGUGCGUGGCUCUAGGCGACCAGAAACAGAUGCUUUUGAUUAUAAUUUUUGUGAUUUUAUUAUGUGUAUAUAUAUAAAAUGGUACAUGUUGAUACGAAGAAGAGACGGAGAGAGAUUGAAAGAAAGGUACACAUUAGAUUGAAGAUUGUUUUAUAGCUUGUUUUUUUAAGGGCCAUAUACAUGUACACACAGUCAGACCAACAAGACAGCUACCAUCACCUGAUCAGAUCAGACCAGGUGAUAAUUUUUCGCCACAGGACAGGGCACGACAGACUGAAGCACCAUCUUUACCGUAAGCUGCAUCUGGUGUCAUCCCCAAUGAGCUCUUGUGGAGAAGCAGAAAAAACCGCGAAGCACAUCAUACAGGUAUUUAGGUUCAUUGGUCCGAUAUUCAGGACUGUAAAAAGAUCCAGAAAUAUGUGUGUCGCAGCCGAGAUUGGAACCCCACGAAUCUCGACUCUUUUGAACAGUGUCGUCGCCAAGGAGGUAAGGGAUUGGUUUGGUCAGGAAGGUCCACCUCCUUUAUCUUCGUUUUCGUAGUCCAAUAGAGAAGAGAUCCCAUUGUGACCUGUGCUGCCAGUAUCAACUCCUGGCCCAACUCUGUUCUAGAACUGCGUUGUACAAGCGUUCGGACUUCUUUUUCACCACAUAAACUGGCUUCUCGGGCCCGGUUACCGUCUGACAUUUGUGGCCAUUUUGAUGUAUGGAAAGGAGAUAUGGGUGCUUACGGCAGCGGAUCCGAUGUGAUGGAAGGUUUGCUGCAGUUGCUUAUGCACAGAGGCUAGAAUUGUUCAUUUUAGGAAGGAAGGAAGGCGGGAAGAAAUGUGCUUGAAAUCUUUUGUAAUCAAGAAAAUGGCUUUCCCAGCAGUGGCUUUUCAAAUACCAGGCCUGUGCCAAGCGGAACGCGUCUUGCCCAUAGCAGUAAAUUGGUGCCUGCUUUUUUAAAAAUUAUUUUUUAAAGCAGAUGUUUACAAAGCCUUAGUCACGUGCUGUUGGAAACCGACUUUAUCGGGAUUUGUUUUUAAUCGGCAGAGUUUCCAACUUGUUGACACACACAUAUCUUCGUUUUUGAUGCCGUGCGUGCAUGUCUGUCAGAAUCGCGCAGAAAAUGGAAAGUUAAAAACAAAACACGUUUAAAGUCACCGGUUCUCACAAAUAAUGUCAGUUAAAAGAGAAAUCGAUCGUUUGGCAUGAAUGUUUACCGAAAUAUGUGCAGACGAUUGCGUGUUAGUAAAUGUUUUAGUAAAUGCCUGUCUUAGUCACGAUGCACUGCCUUUUCUGUACAAUGUGUUUUUCUAUACGCAUAAUGGAAGGUUGGUCCGAUUUUCACUUUACAUAUUGUUGUUUUUAUUUAGACUGUUUAUCUUUCAUUAUCUUUUGUUGGAUCGUGCAUAUCGGUGUGUGUUAGAGAGAGAGAGAGAUCGUUAAGUCGGAGUGUCUGGGACUGAAGAUAGGCUUGCCCGCGAUUGUGAUGGAAACUGGGGAUCAGAACUUUGUUGUAAGCUUUUGGCAUAUUUACAAAUUAUUUAAGCAAGUACGAGAAAUAAGAUUCUGGAAACUCUUUAUCAUGAAAUACUAUCGUCCCCUGGCGUGACAAUAUUUUUGAUACAAUAAAAUAUUAACUUGAAAUCGA